AUGUCUCAAGCCAAUACUGACUUCCUGCAACAGUAUGAUAGUGCCAAGGUCUCGGAGCCUAUUAUCGUCGACGUGAGCAAACCAGACAACUACACCAGCCGGGCAAAAGAAUCCGCAAGCAGCGCCCAUCAGAGAAUCUCGGAAUAUUUCGAACCAGGUGACAAGAAGACAACCACUCGUCGAAUGUCUGAUACACCUACCAGUAUGCGAGAUCAAUUCAAGGAAUCAACUCGGGAGUCGGCCGAGAAGGGCAAGUCCAUGUUGGAUUCUGCACAUGAGACAGUGGCCAAGGCGCUCGGGGGAAGCUCGCGUGGUGAGUGA